AUGUCAAAGGGGGUGUCCAUGAUAAUCGACUUGAGCUGGUCUCCCUGGCAAAUGGUUGAAGACUUAGCUUUGGAAGCUGGUAUUCCGUUGGUGAGAACUUUACUGGGCUCCCAGCAGCUGGUGAAGGCUUUGGAUAACUACUUGGAAUCAAGGAAUGCUACUGAUGCUGCUCUUAUUUUGGAGAGCGAGAGUGACGUUGAUCGUACACUAUAUGAGCUGUUGGGAGCUUCAAACAUAAGGGUCUGGGUCCAUGCCGGCCUGACUAGAGACUCCGCUAAAGCGCUGAAGACCAUGCGACCAGAACCAAGUUUCUACAUCAUAGUUGGAGAGAAUGGAUUCGUCAUGGACACUUAUAGACGGGCGGUCAAAGAGAAGUUAGUAAAACGGAAUUACCGAUGGAACCUGAUUGUGACUGAUUAUUCCUCAGUAGAAGUUAGUCAGCUCGUGCUACCGACUGUGAUACUCCAGUCAGACCCAGUGGAAUGCUGUAGGCUGCUGAGAAAAGAUGAGUGCUCCUGCCCUUCUGAUUUUCAGGAAGCCAGACGAUCAAACGGAUUGCCUGAUGGUAAGCAAUCAGCGCGGCCUAUGAACACCCGAAACAACGGAGGGGUUACGAGGAAACAGCAAAUCAUCAAUUCCUUAAUCCUUUAUCUAUCAGAGACAUACUCAAAGUUAGAAGGUGAUCUCACUCUCACGACAUCUUCCAUACAAUGCGAAGAACCUCAGUCUUCUAUGAACACCACCAGAGAUCGUUUGUUCAAACAGUUCGCUGAGGACUCGGAGAUCAGUAAUGAGACUGUCUUCUUUUGGGAUGGAGAUCGAUCCGGUCUAUUUCUUCGAUCCCGCUUCAUACUCUCGACAUAUAAGCCAGAAGACGGUCAGCAGGUCAUAGCGACCUGGUCUGCUGAUGAAGACUAUAAGCUUUUGCCGGGCAUCAAACUGGAACCAUUGAGAAUGUUCUUCAGAAUUGGGACUGCUCCUGCUGUUCCUUGGACCCUGGUCAAGGUAGACCCUACAUCUGGAGAACAGAUGUUCAAUGAGGAUGGCCAGCCUUUGUACGAAGGAUACUGUAUCGAUCUCAUCGCAAGAUUGUCUGAGACAAUGUCAUUUGAUUAUGAGAUAGUUUCACCAAAAACUGGAGAUUUCGGGAAGAAAUUGCCGAACGGAACGUGGGAUGGAGUGGUUGGAGAUCUCAUGAGAGGAGAAACAGACAUAGCUAUUUCUGCUCUCACUAUGACAGCUGAAAGGGAAGAAGUUAUUGAUUUUGUGGCUCCGUACUUUGAACAAACUGGAAUAUUGAUAGUAAUCCGGAAACCAAUCCGAAAAACGUCACUCUUCAAAUUCAUGACGGUACUUCGAACAGAAGUAUGGCUGAGCAUAGUCGCCGCACUAGUGCUAACUGGUUUUAUGAUCUGGUUACUGGACAAAUAUUCUCCGUACUCAGCGAGAAAUAAUCCUGAUGCAUACCCUUAUCCGUGCAGGGAAUUCACUCUCAAAGAAAGUUUUUGGUUCGCAUUAACAUCGUUCACUCCACAAGGUGGAGGGGAGGCACCCAAAGCCUUAUCUGGGAGAACCCUUGUAGCUGCUUAUUGGCUAUUUGUGGUGCUAAUGCUGGCUACAUUCACUGCGAACCUGGCCGCCUUCCUCACUGUAGAGAGGAUGCAGACCCCGGUCUCGUCCCUGGAGCAGUUAGCUCGGCAGUCCAGGAUCAACUACACGGUCGUGGAAGGUUCGUCAGUGCAUCAGUACUUUGUCAACAUGAAGUUUGCUGAAGACACUCUUUACAGGGUUUGGAAAGAGAUCACUUUGAAUGCGACAUCAGAUCAGGCGCAGUACAGAGUGUGGGAUUAUCCAAUCAGGGAACAGUAUGGACAUAUACUGUUAGCCAUAAAUGCUUCUCAACCUGUACCAGAUGCCAAGACUGGUUUCCAACAGGUCAACGAGCAUACUGACGCGGAUUUCGCAUUUAUACACGAUUCGGCUGAAAUAAAAUAUGAAGUAACGAGAAAUUGUAAUUUGACUGAAGUGGGCGAGGUUUUCGCUGAGCAGCCAUACGCUAUAGCAGUGCAGCAAGGGUCCAGGUUACAAGAAGACUUGUCCAGGGCACUGCUGGAGCUGCAGAAAGAACGAUUCUUGGAACAGCUUGCUUCUAAAUAUUGGAAUGAGUCUGCGAGACAAGCUUGUCCUGAUGCUGAUGAAUCUGAAGGAAUCACACUCGAGAGUUUGGGUGGAGUUUUUAUCGCAACACUCUUUGGGUUAGGCCUAGCGAUGUUAACGUUGGCCUGGGAAGUAUUUUACUACAAGCGAAAGGAAAAGAACAAAGUCCAAUCAUUCGAUACGAAACCAGAAAAGCUCGCUUUCGAGUCAAAAACCAGUCUAGAAUCAAAAGUAGCUCAAUCCGUAGCCAAAAUACGAAAGAGAGGAAAGAUCGGAAAAAAGUCGACUGUCGCCAAAAACGUCACUUUUGGGGAUAGUUUUAAACCUGUUUCGGAAAAGGGCGUGUCUUAUAUUAGCGUUUUUCCCAAAGAUUAUAGGCCUUAA